AUGACAACCCAAAAUUUAACCCUCCGUUCUCGCCCCCAAACCCUCGACACAGUCCGCCUCCGCGACAUAGCCCUGCCCCUCCCCGCAGCCCCAGAAGCCUGGCACCGAACCGGAAAAUCGCAACCCUGCACCGCAACCCUUACCCUGACCUACUCAAGCAUAAUCGCCGCUGCCGAGACCGACAAUGUAUCGCUGACUCUGGACUACGGCAAACUCUUCCGCCGUCUAGACAAUGACGUACGCCACAUGGCUGCACUCUCCACGUCGACCGAUCAUCCGCAUAAAGCUAUGGUCAAUGUUUCUGGGACACGUACUGCGGAUCUAGAUGAUGGGUCUUAUGCCGUUGGAAUUGACCCGCGGGUGACAGGUGCCAUUGUUGCGAAUGCUGGACUGGGGAUGUUGGAGGAGACGGCGGAGAGAGUUGGUGGGAAUGGGGAAAGUGUGUCUGCAGAGUUUGGAGAAUGUGAGGUGGAGCUGGAGUUCGGGAAGGCGAUUUUGAGGGCUGAGGGAGGCUUGAAAUAUCGGGCUGUUACGGUAUGGGGGGAUAAGGAUGGGGCUAGAUGUCCCGUUGUGUUGGAGGAGGAGUUCCGGAUUGAGGGGAUUCGGUGCCAUGCUGUUCUUGGGGUGAAUCCUCAUGAGAGAGUUGAGAAGCAGGCCGUUGUUGUUGGAUUGGUUUUCAAGGGUGAAGGACUGCAGAUUUGGGGAUCUAAGGUUGUGGCUACUUAUCAGGGUGUUGUCAGGGCUGUUGCUGAGCAAGUGGAAGAGACUGACUUCCAGACGGUUGAGUCCUUGGCUACGUUUAUUGCUCGCAUUGUUACUGUGGACUUUGGCAAUGAGUUUGUUACCGUCAAGGUUGAGAAGCCUAGUGCUCUUGCUUUUGUCGGACGGUCUGGUGUUGAAAUUACUCGGUCAAGGGAGUUUUUUGAUACUCACGAUGUGCCACGGAAAUGA